AUGCUUCGCAUCUCCCCUCUCACUUUUUUAUUUUUUCCGCCUCCAGGCCUCGGCGUUGGACAGCCCCUUGUAGCCCUCCUCUUCGGAAACAUCGUCAGCGAUCUAACGGACGGCAACGAGGGUAAGGGCGCCGCCAUCGUCAGGGACGUCAAGCUCUUCACCUAUGUCGGCAUCGCCAUGUUCGUCGCCGGAUACGGCCAACAAUGUUUCUGGACCCUCUCUGCAGAACACCAAUCGAAGCGCAUCCGUCAGAAGUACUUCCAUGCCAUCCUACGACAGGAUAUGGCAUGGCAUGAUACCAGAAAUCAGUCCGAGUCACUCACGACAAGGUUGAACUCGGAUACGCAAAUGAUUUAUGAGGGCUUGGCAGACAAAUGUGGGUUGGUCCUAUCGAACUUGGCCACUUUUGUGGCAGGGUUCGUCAUUGGCUUUGUCAAAGGAUGGAAAUUGAGUCUGGUGCUUUUGGCAGCCGUGCCUUUGAUCAUUGGCAAGCGAAGACUUGAGUCAGCAAGAACCGCUGGCGCGUUUAUGACAAAGUAUGCAACCGAGAGCGCUUCGGCGGGACAGGGCUCGUACUCGAAGGCAGGUGGUGUCGCCGAGCAGGCGAUCUCGUCUAUUAGGACGGUUGUCGCUUUCGGUGGACAAAAGAAAGAGACCGCGGCGUAUCUCAAGCACCUGGACAAUGCAUACAAGGCUGGAGCCAAGAGAACUCGCGUGGCCGGCAUUGGGAACGGUCUCAUCUUGUUUAUUCUCUUCCUCACAUAUGGACUCGGGUUUUGGUAUGGAUCGAACCGUGUUGCUGCUAGGGAGAUAACUUCUGGUCAAGUAUUGAACGUGUUCCUGGGCAUGAUUAUCGGUGCCUUUGCUCUUGGAAACGUUGGACCGUAUCUGUCAGCCUUCGCCAACGCGCAAGGUGCUGCAUAUCACAUUUUUAAAACGAUCGAUCGAGUCCCCACUAUCGACUCGGCUAGCACAGAAGGAGCGAAGCCUGACAAUAUCCAAGGACAUAUCGUUGUCAAGGACGUCGAUUUCCAUUACCCAGGUCGACCAGACGUUCAGAUUUUAAAAAAGAUGAGUGUUGAAGUCAAGCCUAGCCAGACGAUUGCGCUUGUGGGUCAGUCCGGAAGUGGCAAGUCGACCAUCGUAGGAUUGAUCGAGCGUUUCUACGACCCCGUUUCUGGCUCGGUGACAUUGGAUGGAAUAGAGAUCAGGGAUUACAAUAUUACAUUCUUGCGCGACUCCAUUGGAGUUGUCUCCCAGGAGCCGGUCCUCUUCAACGCCAGCAUCAAACAAAAUAUUAUCAACGGUAUCCGCAAGGAUCAAGCCACUCCUACGGAUGAAGAAAUCGAGAAUGUCUGCCGCCUGUCCAACGCUCAUGACUUUAUUUCCAAACUUCCCGACAAGUACGAGACCAUGGUCGGCGAGAAGGGCGCGCUGUUAUCCGGGGGUCAGAAGCAGCGUAUCGCUAUCGCUCGCGCCUUGAUAAAAAAUCCUCAUAUCCUGCUCUUGGACGAGGCAACCUCUGCGCUCGACACAGAAUCCGAGAGAGUGGUCCAAGUAGCGCUCGACACCGCCUCUACAGGCCGCUCGACCAUUGUGGGGGCGCAUCGACUCUCAACUAUCAUGAAUGCGGACGUAAUCUACGUUCUAGAGAAAGGUGUUGUCGUCGAGACAGGAAACCAUAGAUCGCUUCUAGAAAAGGGCGGUGCGUAUGCGGAAUUGGUGGCAAAGCAACAACUCAAGACCGGAGGCAAGGACGUGGAUCGGUCGCUUGAUGAGGACGAAGCGGAGAUGGGGUCCUCGUUUGCUGGUACCCCAAAACCAAUUCGACAUGGACGUUCGACUCCUGCGAAGAUGAUGUCGAAGCGAUCGAGUAUCGUAUCAAAAAACAAGGUCGAUUCGACGAUUGUUAUUGGCGAAAACGAUGAGAUCGAGACUGCAGAUAACAAUAAGAAGCGAGAGGCAAAGGAGCUGGCCAAGAAGAAGGCGCCUAUCGGUCGCGUUAUAAAGAUCAUGAGGCCCGAGCUACCCUUCGCUGUAUUCGGUGGCCUCAUGAGCGCCAUCUCUGGAGCUAUUUUCCCUGUGUUCUCGAAGCUCUUCUCCAAGAUGCUGGAGAUCCUAACAAAGCCCGAAAGUCCCAACUUCACCAAGGACGCCAAUUUUUACUCUCUCCUAUUCGUGGUUCUCGCCGUGAUUGCUCUGUUCAGUAACGGAUCCUCUGUGUUUGUAUUCGAGCUCAUUGGCGAAAAAAUGGCACGAAGGAUGCGCGAAUUGAGUUUCAAAGCCAUUAUUAGUCAAGAGAUGGGCUUCUUUGAUGACGAAAGACACAGUACGGGCGCCUUGUCAUCCCGACUGGCGACAGAUGCCUUCCAAAUGCACGAGCUGGUGUCACAGAUGCUCAAGACUGUUUGUUCAACGCUGGCAAUCAUCGUGAUUGGUCUCGUCUUUGCAUUCACAGCCAACUGGAUCCUGACCUUUAUUAUCCUGGCGCUCAUCCCUAUCCUGGGGCUGGCACAGUAUUAUGAGAUCGUGGCGCUGACGGGAUUCGGGCAAAAGACACAAAAAGCGUAUGAGCAAUCUGGAAGGGUUGCAGGAGAGGCUAUUGCCAAUAUUCGGACUGUUGCUGCUCUAGCCAAGGAAUCUGUCUUUGAGGAGAGGUAUGAAGUGUCGCAAGGAGUGAUCUAUUGGGCAUAUGCGGUCGGGUUCUAUGCGGGUUAUCGCCUUGAGAGGGUAGGGAAGAUGAGUUGGGACGAUAUGCUUCAGACCAUGUUCGCUGUCGUCUUUAUGGCAGUGGGACUCGGUCAAAUGGCCGUGCAAAUGCCAAAGUAUGUCAAAGGAAAGCAAUCUGCUAUCAACGUGUUUGAGUUGCUCGAUAAGAAGACGACGAUCGAUGCCGACAAGGACGGUGUUGUGUUGGAUCAUAUGGCUGGGCAGGCGGCCCUCGAAAAGGUUGACUUCGCAUACCCAACCCGACCCGACAUCGAGCUGUUCAAGGGGGUCAGCCUCGAGGUCAGGCCUUCGCAGACCGUAGCCUUGGUCGGCCCCUCUGGAUGUGGAAAAUCAACGAUUAUUGCACUGCUGGAACGAUGCCUUCGAGCACACAUGGCGCUCGUUGGUCAGGAGCCUGUGUUGUUUGAUAUCUCGAUCGGCGAGAAUAUCCGCUACGGUAUUCCUGAUGGCCAGACUGUGGAUCAGGAGCAAGUUGUUGCUGCCGCAAGAGCAGCCAACAUCCACGACUUUGUCGUGUCCUUGCCUCAGGGAUACGAUACCCGUGUUGGAGACAAGGGUUCGCAGCUGUCCGGCGGUCAGAAGCAGCGUAUUGCGAUUGCUCGUGCAUUGAUUCGUAAUCCCAAGAUCUUGCUGCUGGACGAGGCCACCUCUGCUUUGGAUUCCGAAUCCGAGAAGCUAGUUCAGGAAGCAUUGGACAAGGCGCGAGCGGGCAGGACGACAGUUGUGAUUGCACAUCGCCUGAGCACGAUCCAGGAUGCGGACCUAAUAUUGGUGGUGAAGGGUGGAUCAAUUGCUGAGUCUGGCCGGCACUAUGAGCUGCUGGCACUCGGAGGUGUCUAUGCGGAGCUGUGCAAGAAGCAGAAUCUCGAAGUGACGCACUAA